AUGUCUUCAAUUCAGUGUACCAAUGGCCACAUUAUUUGUGCCUCUUGCAAACCAAAAUGUAUGAAAGUAGCAUGUGACAAUGAACCAUAUGGUUGUAAGGAGGUGGUAAAGCAUACUCAAAGACAUGCACACAUUAAGUCAUGUGUUUUUUCUCCAUGCCUAUGUCCUGAAACAGAUUGCAACUUUCGCGCCAAUACUACGGUGUUAGGAGAGCACUUUAGGACAAAUCAUCAACUUCGUGUACCACCAUUUACAUACGAUGAAGUUUUCUCCGCCUUCAUACACAUUAAAGACGAUGUCACUAUUUUUCAAGCGAUGAAUGACGGACAACUAUUUGUUAUUACUUGUAAGACUCACUAUAUUGUGAAGAAGCUGAAUCUUUACCAUAUUGGACCCAAUAAGUCCAAGCCAAGGUAUAGUUUUGAAAUGUUAGUUUUGUGUCAAGAUCGUGUUCUACAACUAAAAUCUGAAGCUGUGAAUGUCGAGGACCGCGCAUAUCCGCCAUCAGGUGCACUUUAUGUUAGAUAUGAUUACUUCAAAGAUGGACGACUCUCUAUGAAAAUUCGAAUAAAUAAGAAUGAUGAUGCGGAGUCUGGAACCGAUCUAUAG